GAGCGCAGAAGGCGCAGACAUGAAAACCUGUUCUCUGCUGCAGCUUCGCUCAGUCUGAAUGAAAACAUAAGAACCGUUAGAAGCUGCGUUUUUAAUCAUUUCAGUGUCCCAGAUGGCUGGUUUACCUCCCGGAGACCCGCAGCUGGUCGCUAUGAUCGUGAAUCACCUGAAAACACAGGGACUGUUUGACCAGUUCAGGAGGGACUGUCUGGCGGACGUCGAUACAAAGCCUGCAUACCUACACCUGAGGCAGCGAGUGGACAACUUUGUGUCUAACCAUUUGUCCAACCACACCUGGAGCCCCCAGUUGAACAAGAACCAGCUGCGCAACAGCAUCAGACAGUUGGUGCUGCAGUCAGGCAUGCUGGAACAGGGUGUGGACCGCAUCGUGGCUCAGGUGGUCGAUCCUAAGAUACACCACACAUUUCGGCCACAGGUGGAGCGGGUCGUCAGGCAGUUUCUGUCUCCUGGCAGCCACAUGGAGGAGGAGGAGCCUCCGUUUGCUCCUGGCCCAUUUGUGGAAAAACAAGAAGCUCAGCUGCCAUCUCCAGUUCCAGCCUCCAGUGCAGCCACCGACCCUGCAGAUUCACUCUCUUCCCAGAGCCAGAGCCAGGAUCCAUCCAGCAGCAGGACUCAAAGUGGGGACUUCACCCAGGAAACCCUCGCCACUGAAACAGAGGAGGGAGAGGCAGAUAUGAGCCUGGUGGAGGAAGAUGAAACAGAGAGGAGAGAGGGAGAGGAGGAGCAGGGAGAGAAAGAUGAGCAGAAGCCCAUGAGUGAAGGAGAGAUGAGCAGUGAGAGAGAGAAGGAGAGAGAGAUGGAGGUAGAGAAAAAAGCAGAGAGUGAAGAGGUAAAGAAAGAGGAGGAGGUAGAAGAGAAAGAAGGGGAAAAGGAAGAAAAAGAUGAGAUGAAAGAGAAUAGCAGCAGCAAAGUGUCUGGGAAGAGCAGAGAGGAGAGCAGAGACACGGACGGGCAGAAAUCCUCCUCAGAGAAACAGCACAUCCGCCAGAGAGCCAGAGAGAGGCUCAAAGAAGAAUACUCUUUGGAGGACUCAGAUUUGGAGGGCCUGAGUGAUAUCACAGUGAGUUCAGUGCACACGAGCGAUCUCUCAUCAUUUGAGGGUGAAAGUGAGGAUGAUCAGCCUCCUUCUGACUCCACUGAGGAAGGAGAGAUCACAUCUGAGGAUGAUAAGGUUCAAAAGAAGUCUGGUGGUGAGGACUCAGAAGACAGUAAGGAGAAAAAGCCUCGCGGUGCACGCCAAGGCUACAUACACAAGCCUUUUCUCUACUCUCGUUACUAUAGUGACUCUGACGACGAGGUGACAGUGGAGCAGCGACGGCGCUCUGCGGCAAAGGAGAAGGAGGAGAGGGUGUUGAAGAGGCAGCAGAAUCGAGAAUGUUUGGAAGAGAAGAGGAGACAGAAAGCAAUACAGGCAGAGCUAAAGGAGAAAGAGCACUCAUCCAAUCAAAAUGUUCCACGGCCCCAAGCGAAGGAAGCAAGGAAGGAGAAAAAAGUUCUGGAAAAGAAAGUGGCACUUAGCAGGAAGAGGAAGAGAGACUCACGAAAAGAAGAUGACUCUGGAGGCAAGAGGAAAAACGAUGGAGAUGCAGAACCAGUAAAGAAGGAUGAGGUGCUAAAGUCUAAAGCAAAUCCUCUGAAGCCUGUGAGAAAGCUGACUGAAGUAGAGGAGCAGCGCAGGAAGAAGAGUGGCAGCAUUUCAGAAGAAUUGAGCGAGCCACGCAAAAUCCUUGACAAAGACCGCACUCACUCAUUCAUAUUGGACCUAGAGAUGGGGACAGAGGAGGCGCUUAGACAAAGAGGCAGUGGGAAAGGUGAGCGACAUGUUCGCAGAGACAGUCAGUCCAAAGAGAAAGAGCGAAAAGAAAAAGAGAAAGAGCGGAGCAUCUCUGAUGAACGUGCCAAGCACAAACAGAAGCCAGAGAGCAGAAAAGGAGGAGAGACUGAGGCGGAGGAGAAGGAAGGAGGGGCAGCAAAAGUAACAGGUGAUGAUAAAGGAGAGAAAAAAGGGUCAAAGGUGAAAGGAGAAAAGAAGACUUCAGUGUCCAUCAGGGAAGGAAAAAUGUCCAUGUCGGAGGGUUCAGCUGGAGAGGAGACAAUGCUAAAGGACUUGAAAAAAGGAAAAAUAUCUGCAGAGAUUUCCAAAGAAAAAGAGAAAGAGAGAACGAAAGGAGAAAAGGUGCUGAGCAAGAGUGAUUCAAAACAGCUGCAUCGUCUGGAUUCCACAGGCUCCACUGAGGAGAGGUUGGAGGUUGAGACCACUUCAGAAGUCAAUAAGAAAAAAGACAAGCACCCCAAAGAUGUUCUGAAACGGUCAAAAAGUCACACAGAAGUCAAACCUCCAGAGAAGGUUAAGAGCAGACAGGACAGUAAGGAUUCAGGUGCAGGUGAGCCUCCCAAACACUCAGACAUAGACAAGGAAACUAGAAAGGUCAAGGACUUAGAGACAGGAUCAAAAGUAAAAUCUGUCUCAGAAAAAAUUAGAUCCAAGUCUAGAGACGAUAUAAAACCUCAGAGUCCUCUAGCAGCUAAGCUAGACAAAAAACCUCCAAGUCAAGAGGCCAAGAGUAAAGCAGGAACAACUCCAAGCAAACCAGAGUCCUCCAAGGAGAAGAGGAAGGAAGGGGCAACAAAAGAGGAUAGGAAAGUCUCAGAAGACCGUGCUGUUGAUAAAGGGAAGGAAACAAAAAGCACAAAGAAAGCAAGUGAAAAGAAGAUAAAAGAGUCUGAGAAGAAAGGAGAGGGUGAGAAGGAAAAGAGGAGCUCUCAAGCAAAUGAGACCCCACCUUCAGAUGCACAAGCUGAGUCUAAUCUCGCAGAGUCUGAUCUCACAGCCACAGAGGGGUCAGACCCUCUCACAGAAUCUGAUCUUGCAGGCCAGCAGGCCUCAGAGUCCACUACAAAGUCUGAUCUCACAGCUCCACAGGCCCCAGAAUUUGGUCUGCCAGCCCCACACGUCAUGGAUGCAGUAUCUAAUUUCUCAUCCUCGCCAGCCUUGGACAUACAAUCUGAUCUUUUGGCCCCACAAGCCGUUAAGACUGAGUCUGAACUCAUAUCUACACAGGCCACAAACACAGAGUCUCAUCUUAUAGCCCCACAGGCCAUGGACACAGAGUCGAAUCUUAUAGCCCCACAGGCCAUGGACACAGAGUCGAAUCUUGCAGCCCCACAAGCCUUGGAUAUACAGUGCGAUCUUACAAACCCACAAGCCCAAAAAGCAGAGUCUGAACUCACAUCUUCAGAGGCUAUGGAUGAAGAGUCUAAUCUUGCAGCCCCACAGGCCUUGGACGUACAGUCUGCUCUUACAGCCCCACGUGCCAGUAAGGCUGAUUCUGAACUCACACCCCCACAGGAUGUAAACACAGAGUCUAAUCUCAUAGUCUCACAGGCCAUGGACACAGAGUCUAAAUUUACAGCCCCACAGGCUACAGUUUCUCUCAAAGAAUCUAAUCUUACAGCCCCACAGGCUUCAGAUUCUUUUAAAGAAUCUAAUCUUAUUACCCCACAGGCCAUGGACACACAGUCUAAUCUUACAGCCCCACAGCCUUCAGAUUCUCUCACAGAAUCUAAUCUUACCACCCCACAGGCCUUGGACACAGAGUCUGAUUUCACAGCUCCACAGGCCUUGGACACAAAAAAUGAUGUUCCAGCCCCUCAAGCCUUAAAGACAGAGUUUGAACUCACAGCCACACAGAACUCACAGGUCACGAACAUGGAGUCUAAUAUCACAGCUUCAACAACCAUAGACACGCUGUCUAAUCUUGCAACCCCACAGGCUUCAUACUCUCUCACAGACUCUAACAUUACAGCCCCACAGGCCUUAGACACAGAGUCUGAUUUCAUGCCUUCAAAGGCCUUGGACACAGAAUCUGAUUUUAUAGACUCACAAGCCAUUAAGUCUAAUGUCAUAUCCCCACACGUCACAGACACAGAGUCUAAUCUCACAGAACCAGAGUCCUCAGCCUCUUUGACAGAGUCUAAUCUCCCAGCCCCACGGGCCUUGGGCACAGAGGCUAGUCUCCCAGCCCCGCCACCCCCAGAUUCUCUGACAGAGUCUAAUCCUUCAGCUCCACAGGCCAUGGACAUAGAAUCGAACGUCACAGCCCCAGAAGCCUCAGCCUCUUUGACAGAGUCUGAUCUCCCAGCCCCACAGGCCUUGGACACAGAGGUUAAUCUCCCAGCCCCCCAGGUCCCAGACUCUCUGACAGUGUCUAAUCUCUCAGCCCCACAGGCCUUGGACACAAAGUCUACUCUCAAAGCCCCACAGGCUUUAGCGAUGGAGUCUGAUUUCACAGCUUCACAAGCCUUGGACACAGAGGCUAAUCUAACAGCCCCACAGGCCUUAGACUCUCUGACAGAGUGUAAUCCCCCAGCCCCACAGGCCUUGGAGGCGGAGUCUAAUCUCACAGCCCUGCCAGCUUUAGACACAGAGUCAAAUUUCACAUCCUCACAUGCUGUGAACACAGAGCCUGAUUUCACAGCCUCACAGGCCUUGGAUGCAAACACAGAGACUGAUCUUACUGAAGAAGUGCCGGGCCCACCCACAGACUCUUGCCCAGAGUCUGAUUCUACUGGUUUAACAGCCCCACAAGCUACUGGCACGCUCCCAGCGUCUGACACUGGAAGCACAGCUGUCCAAGACGACAUGUAUGAUGCCCUAAGCGACAUUACUCCAGAGCCUGAGGAUGAGGAGGAGGCAGCCAUGAGACUUACAGAAAGCCAGGCACAACCCUGCCCCCUCCCUGCAGACGCCGAUGCCCUCUUGACGCUGAUGGAUGUCUGCGCCUCUGCAGCCAAAAAUGAAAUGACUAGUUUGCCUGAAAGGCAAGAUACUGUGCCUUCAUUCCAGGAAGCCGACAUAAAGAUGAAGGAAGCGGCUCUCACUCUGCUCUCCAUGGACCCCGACCUUUCAGUGGCACAGAGUCCUAUUGCCACAGAGACUACUUCCAUUGCCAUGCAAGAUGUGGAACCUUCAGCUUCAGGUAAUGCAGAGGAGGUAUCAGAAACAGCUGCAGAUGUCGUGACAGAGUCAGAAAGCAAAACGACUGCUACUGCCUUGCCAUGUAUAAAGGAGGCAGAGUCACAGGAUGGAGAUCAAAACACUGAUGGCAUGGCAACAGAGAGAGCUACUGAAGAAGUGGUGUCAGAGGUGUGUGAUCGCGUUCAGUCAAGCAGCCUGGAGGUUGAAUCAGAGCCCAAGUCUGAGGUUCCUUCAGCAGAACUUAUUUCUAGGCCUGAACCAGCACGAGCGUCAGGUGAUGCUUCAACUGAAACUGGAUCCAGACAAACACAUACAGACAGUCUGACUAAGGCUACAACCACUACAGAAACGGAAUCUGUGGAAAAACAACCAGAAACUGUAGAGCAGGAGGAGCAUGACAAAGCAGUCACCACAGAGGCACCCGACUCCACCACAGCAGAGACCUCAGGUGUGGACCACACUGAAACCAUGGAGCACUCAGAGUCUAAGGCACAACCAGAGAAUAAACCCGAGGACGUGGAGGAGACACAACGACAGCCAGUACGGAGAGGACGACCCCCUAAACUAAUCAAACAAGCCAGCAGUGCAUCCAAGUCUGAUGGGCAGGAAGAGGACAGAUCUGAUGUGUCAGAAGUGGAUGACCGUGUGGAAGGCAGAGUGACCCGCAAAGGCAGACGAUCAAAUAAAAAUGCAGCAGCAGUGAAGGAAAGCGCAUCCAAAGCCCAGACCGAUCAAGAGGCCAGCGACAAAGAGUCCAAAAAAACAACUCAGAAAAAAAGUGAGGACGAGGAGGCUGAUGAAGGGACUGAGAGUAGAGCGCCACGCAGAGGACGAUCGUCUAAACUUGCACAAACUCCUCAGAGAGAGACACGCCUAGUGUCACAGACCCAAGAGGCAGAGCCUGCAGAAGAGGAGGUGGAGCAAAAAGAGCAGCUGCGCAGAGGAAGGCGUUCUGGAGCUCAGACUGGCACUACAGCUAAACCAGCACUGAAGAGAAAGAGAUCUGACCAAGCUGAGGAUUCUGGGAAGGUAUUACCAGCUGAGGAAGAGGAACCUGUAAAACGUGCCCAAGAUCACAGCGAGAGCGUGUCUGAAGAGGCCGAGAAGCACGAAGAGCAGAAGACACCGAGUGAUGAGGGUGAAGAGAAGAAGAAAACCAGUGAUGAUGGAGAAGAGGAGAAGAAAGAGAGUGACAAGGGGGAAGACGAGAAGAGAGAGGAGGUAGCAGAGAAGGAGAGCAAUAAAGACUCUAAAGAGGAUGCAGAGGAGGAGAAAGAGGAACCUGUGAAGAAGACUGCACGCAGGGGCCGACCCUCUAAAACCACCACUGUAACAGACGAACCAGAAACCUCAGAGAAGAAAGAAGAAGAGACAGAGGCUGGAGAAGAAGAUGAAAAAGAAGAGGAAGAGACAAAAACGAGAGCCACAACUCGUGCUGCCUCUCGUCUGGAAGCUGAGAAGAAUAAACCGAGUAAGCCGUCGACUAGAGCUCUCAGUAAACUGAGUGGGAAAGAGGAAAGCUCUCCAAGCACACGUGCUUCUCUUUGUCAGACGGCUGGAGCAGCGAAAGGGCGUAAGCGUGAGGCGAGUUCCCCAGCACCUCGCACACGCGGUGCCCACAAAGAGGAACCCGCCUCUAAAAGAACCAAACGAUGAGCGUUUUGAAGGCACAUUGUUGAUUUUGCAGAUCCUCACGUUAGAAAUAUUUGUAUUUAAAAAUCCUCAAAAUGUACUUUUACCUUUUAUUUUAUACAUUUGUUUUAUGCGGUCAGCUAUAGUUUUAUGGUGAAAUAGUGCAUUCCUGGUACAAUGCAAAUGAACUCCAGCUCUUUUCACUAGGGCACAUGCUCGCAAUCCCGUUGCUGGAGUGAUCUCUUCUCUGCACAUUUGAGUGUUUUCCCUGCUCGCAACACACCCUUUUCAGCUCAGGAAGGGCUUGUGAACGAGCUCUUUAGUGGUGUGUUAGGAGCACUAAAAUGUGCAGGGCAGGGGGUACUCUAGAACCAGAGAUGGGAACCUACUGCGUAAGGGACUGUGAAACAAGUACUGAGACAGAAUAUACCUCACAUAUCACAUGAACUCAGCUUUGACAUGCCACUAAGCACAAAGGUGAGUAGUUAAUUGACAAACUUCACUGAGAAUGUUUAAAAAGUUGAAAACGAAUAAUGACCAGAUUUUCACACCCAGUCAGUAUGUAGGCAGGUUGGACACAUCCCUUUGAACACCAUUUGAAGAUGGACUAAAUCUGAAAGCCGGCAUCCAAGCCAAGCUUUGUGAGCUAGCAUGGUCUGCUACCAUCUAUCAUUUAUAAAUAGUCCUGAAUUUCUUUGAUUUCAUAUUUGCCUAAUGAAUGUACAGCCCUGGAAGCAUUCGUUUUUGGCUCAGUAGCCCAUAAUCAAGUAGGCCAUUCUCAAAGUGUUCUAGAGCAGCUUUGGUAAGCUUGAGAACAUGCAGAAGCUCUGUUGUUGUUUUUUUUUGGACCAAAGUGUUCCACAGUGCAUUUCAUGGAAUUCUAGAGCUUGUUCUGCUGUUUUUGUUGGAUUCAAAAGUACUCUAGAACAAGAGCUUUUGCGCUGUUGUCUCUGUUUGGACUGAAAAAUAUUUGAGCACGUUCUAAGAUAAGGUGUUCUAAGGUGAUGAACACGGGCAGUGUUUCAUGUGACUCAGAUAAGCUAACAGUCUAAAGUCUGUGUCAUAUUUAUUCCACAAAAUAAUAUCUGUCUAUCUGUCCUUCACUAAAUGCAGUAUUUUCACUCUGAAGUAUAAACCCAGUGCUUCUCACAUAUAUCUUGCCCAAAUUGCUUGUAUAUAAAUAACAAUUUAAAAUCUACUUGGAUUCACAUCAAAUUGGCUUAGUUUUACCUAGUU